UCUCGACGAGCUGUUGAGCAGCGUCACUCUUUGACUAUUUAUCGGCUGCUUAUCUUAUCCCUCUAUCGGGUUAUCUAAUCAACAGAAGGGAGCAACGGAUACUAUGGCAAAGGCAAAGAUUACACCUCGGCUGGUGUUCCAUGUCGCGGUUAUCUGUCUAGGUGCUCUACAGUUUGGAUAUCAUCUGUCGGAAUUGAACGCGCCGGAGGCAUAUAUUUCGUGCCAAAUCAAAUACAGGGAUGAGUACAUGUUUGGUACAAAUGCUUUGGUCGACUGUAUUCCUAUGGAUGCAAACAAGAUCGGUCUUGUCAACUCGAUUUUCAGUGUCGGUGGUUUCGUUGGUGCCACAUUAGGAGGCCGCGGAGCCGACAAGUUUGGCCGUCGCGGGCUGACGAUGAUUAAUUGCAUCGGCUUCAUUAUUGGACCUGCUAUCAUGUCUGUCUCGACAAAUUUUGGUUUACUGAUGCUGGGCCGACUGUUUGCUGGAUUUGGCGCGGGUGCGUCUUUGAUCGUGACGCCUAUGUACCUCAACGAGAUUAGUCCACCUACAAUCACCGGCAUGAUCGGCGCCAUGACGCAGGAGUUUGUCAACAUUGGAAUUCUCAGCGCUCAGAUUUUUGGAAUUUUCUUGUCGACUUUCACUGGCUGGCGUAUCAUUUUGUCUAUCGGCGGUAUGAUUGGAUUCGCCAAUUUGAUAUUGAUUCAGUUCUGCGUGGAGUCACCAAAGUGGCUCACGCUGCGAAAUCGUGCUCACGACGCGCGCGUGUCACUCGUCAAGCUUCGUGGAUUGACUGAUGGGCCUGAGGUUGGCGAGGAAUUGAUGGAGAUUGAUAUGUUGAUUGAGAGUUGGAAAGACCAGAGCACGAUGGAGACUAUCAAGGUUGUGAUCACCCACACUUCCGGAUCCUCGUCAGACUCGACUUUGUCCGAGGUCGCUGAUGAUGCUGACUCGGUGGCACAGAUCACUCCUGAAUUGAUCACUGAGCAGGUUGAUGCGAUCAAGAAGGACACUUCACUUUCAGUUAUCAACUCCUCCGAGGAAGGUACUCUGCGCUCAGUCGAGACCAACAGCCCUCGGGAUUUCUACAAGAUUUCGUACAAGGAGUUCCUCGUUUCUCCUAGUUACAGACGGCCUAUGAUUUGCGUCAUUGGAAUCCUGACUGCGCAGCAGCUUUGCGGAAUCAACACUAUGAUUUUCUAUGGAGUUACUAUUCUUUCGGGACUGUUCCCUAACGGUGCCGUUCUCGUCAAUGUCCUGAUCUCACUCCUCAACUGUCUCGUCAAUCUCGGAGUUGCUCCAUUUGUCGACCGCGUCGGACGUCGGCCGCUAUUGCUUUCUUCCAUUGGUGGCAUGUGCAUCUCGGCAUUUUGCCUUGCUUUUGGAAUCUUGUACAGCGUCACCGUUCUCUCCGGAAUCGCCGCCACUGUCUUUGUGGCUUUCUUCUCAGUUGGUCUCGGUCCUAUCCCGUUCUUGAUUGUGCCCGAAUUGACGGAGGCGAGCUCAGUCGGAGUUGCGCAGAGCACAGGCUUUGUUUGCAACUGGUUCUCUGUAUUCUUCAUUGCCUACCUGUUCCCCAUUCUCAACGAGGCUAUCGGAGGAUAUGUGUUCUUCAUUCUCUCCGGCAUCGCGCUUUUCUACUUCUUGCUCACGUUCAAGUUUGUGCCUGAAACCAAGGGCAAGAAGACUUUUGAGGAGGUUUGGGGAUACUCGGUUACGCCUAUGGCUGACCUGUAACUGUGAGGAAGGCUCGUGGAUGUGAUAGAUACGUGUGCCGAUGAGCGGUAGCAUAUCACGUAUUGUCAGGGUUGGUUUGUUAUCGUCUUUUUAUUUUUUGAUGUUUUGUUCUGCUCUGCUUUUUCAUGUCUUGCUUUGUAUAUACCGGCUCAUUUUGUCGACGGGGUUACGACUUUACUUCUGUAUUUCAUCAGUUUUACCUUAUAAGUUCUUUUUCAUUUUUGACGUUGGAGGACAGGUUUCAG